AUGAAAAAUAGCUAAAAUAAAUACUAAAUAGAAAAUUAAGGAGACAUCAAAGAAUCAUUACUUGAUAAGUUAAAUUAAUAGGAAAACUCCUUAAACAACUAGAUAUUUGAUUCUGAUAAAACUUAACCAUAUGAUAUACCGCUAAUUGGAUAUAAUACUAUCACAAAAAAUUUAAAGUAUUCAAUCUAAAAUGAUAUAGGCCAAUAGAUUGAUGUCUACUCAUCAAGCUUAAAAAAUUCAUAUGAUCAAGAAAACUAAUAAAUUCAUUAAAAUUACUAGAACAAUUUUGCAUAAUUAAAUAGCCUCUAAAUGUAAGAUAGCACAAAAACUUUGAACAAAGAAGAAAUUUAAUAGCAAAUAUAAAUAAAUUAAUAAUAAAAUGGAUAGCAAUAAAAGUAUACAAUUGCUAGAACUAAAACAGAAGGCUUAAAUAAUAACAACUUUAAUAAGUUAAAUCCAAUAUUUUUUUCAUCUGAUGUAAAAAAAAAGACAAAUAAAAUAUAUUCCUCUAAUGAUAGUGAUAAUAGACUGCAUCAGCCAAUAUGCAUAACAGAGAGCUACUUGUAAGGGAAAAUUAGUAGUAGUUCUGAUUCUUAUUAAAAGAUACAACAAAUAAAUGAAGAUAUAAUUAAAAAGAUGUAUACUUAUCAGGGAGAUUAGCUUAAGGAAGAAGAAUUUAUUUAAAAACUCUACAUAAACUCUCAGUUUCUUAAACAUAUAAUUGCAGAAAAUAAGAAGGUUCAUAGCUAAGAUCAAUAAUAAUAGAUCCCAUAAUUUUAGAAAAAUACUUCUGAAAAGAAUGGUAUCUAAGUAGAAGUUGAUACCAUUAAAUAAGAGCAGUAAAUAUAACUGCAUGAAUUUUAAGAAGGAGAAUAAGAUGAAAAUGAUAAACUUAUAGAAUUUACCAAUAAGAAGUAAAAUAUUUAACUAAACUAGCUUUUAUCGUUUAAAGAUGAAAUCAAAUAUUAAUUUAAAAAAAUACAUUUUAAUGUCGAUAUUGUUGAAAUUAGAAAGAAAUAUAGAAAAAAAAUAUUCACUUAUAUAGUUUAUGCUACAUUUUUUUAAUUCUUUGUUGAUAAUCUUAUUAGCUAAAUUGAAUAAGUUGUCGGAUAGACAUUGUAUGCAAAUUAAAACUAACCCUUCAACUACUAAAGCCUAAGCACAAAAGUUACUCUUUAUUUUGCUAUAUUUAACGUAGCAUUCUUUCCGUUACUUAUGGGAUUCAUCAUUGAUUAAAUUUACAGCUCUAUAGUAAUGCUGUUAUGUCUGAUUGUAAUGCUUUUUGGAAGGAUUUUAACAUUAUACAGUAUACUGAUAUAGACUUAUUAAAUUCGUGUAUUAGCAUAAUUCUUUUACCAGUUUGGUGAUUCUGGUUUCUAUUUAACAUCUAUUUAUUGUAUUUAUUUUUAUUACUAUGACCCUAAAGACACAAAGAAAUUUGUUUUAAAGCUUACUAAGUACCUUGGGCUAGGUUGUUCUCUUCCUAGAAAUUUGUCUUCUAUUCCUAUGAUAUUUGUUUAUUAGGCAAGCUAAAAUCUGAACCCAGAGAAUAUAACUUAAUAGAAAUAUAAUGAUGAAGUUGAGAAGGCUAUGCCAUUUUUAUUUGGUGAUCCACAAAAAUAAAUAGUUUUCUCAUUAAUCACUGCUUUAGGUUUUUUGACAGUUUAUUUUGGGUUUAGAGCAUUAUAUUUAGACUAUGAGGCACAUGAAUAAAUGUCUAAAAAAAAUUUUAACUACAUAAAUAAUCCUCUAUUUAAAGCCGAUUUAGAUGAUUUAAUUAAAAAUAUAUUUAAAAACUUGAAAUUUAUCGGUGUUAUUUUUGCUGGAGGAUUAAUUUAUGGACUGACAUCUCAAAAUAUCAUAUUUAAUGUUGACAAAAGUAUAUAUAAUUAGGUAAAUGGGAACAUAGAUAAUCCACCAAAUAUGACACUUUUUAUAAUUGUUUCAGGGCAUGAACUCAUCUACAUCAUAUUUAUAUGGUAUUUUGGAAAAAUAAUAUCAAAAGAUUUUUUUAAGAAAUAUCAAGUUUGGAAAUUAAGUGCUAUCACUUGCUUAACAUAUUAUUUUAUUUAGUUGAUUUUAAGCAUGACUGCUUAUAAUACAAACGAGAAUUCUAAAUUUUUUAUCCUUGUGUUUCUGUUUAUAAUCAAUAUCUUCUCUGGUAUUUCAUUUUCAACUAAUGUUUUGUGUGUAGAUUCAAUAUUAGCUAAAGAAAUUGAUAAAAACUGUAUAGGUUUUGCAUAUGCAUUUAUGAUUGUCUUUAAAAAGUUGUUUGAACUCUUAGGAGAUCUUUCUCUUGACUUUGAUUUCUCUAAAGACUUGCCUUUUAUCACUUUUACAGUUAGCAUUAUAGCUUUAAUGAUUAUACUUUAUAUAGCGAAAAAAUCUAAGUAAAAUGAAUAAAUAAUUGAUUAAGAUUUAAAUAUUUAAGAAAUGGAAUGA